AACCAAUAAAAUCGUUGCGCAGACGCAGCUAUUCAGUUGAAUUUUGGACUCACCAGGCUUCGGAUCGAAGCUCCAGCUGGGACUUGGACGUGGAAGUUUUCGCCUUCUUGGAAAACCAUCUUGUUGGCUCAUCUCGUUUCCCCUUCGCCUCGCAUAGAAAAACGACGAUGGUGGCAGCUCAGAAGAUGCAUAAUCUGCUGCCGCUCCUGGCCGUGAUGCACUGCGUCUGCGCCACGCCCAUAGCGCCCGCCACGCCCGACGGCGCCACGCCUAUCGACGCCCGCGUCUCGGCCGCCGACUUUGGAGCCCAGGACGCCUUCGAUGCCGCCGACAGCUCCGCGGAAUCCACCCACGCGCAGGCCAGCGAGGCCGGAUUCAAGAUCUCGCUCCUGCCGACUCCGGCUAAGACGGCGGAAUCGGUGAAUCUGGAGCAGGAGGCCAUUCCCUCGAAGGUGCUGAGCGUGUACGAUAAUAGCCAAAAGAAGCUGGCCGACUUGGCGCAGCCCGUUCCCAUCUUGGACUCUAUCGGCGAGCACGAGAAGUACGGCAACAACGGCGACAUGUUCGACGGCAUCUCGCGAUCCAUUGUCAACGGCUAUGAGGCUUUUUCCAACCUGCUCAACACCUUCAUUCAGAAACCCAAAGAGUUGGCGCGCAGCGUGACGAAGGGAAUUACGGCUCAACUGGAUGUCAUCGGUGGCAAAUUGGUGGGCCUUUAAAGGCAAGAAACAAAAGUAUGCCUGUUUUGGCUGCAUGUGUAAUUUAAAUAAAUACUUUAAUUUAUUUGUAACUUAACACGAACAUGUUGUGUAGGAAUGCAUUUCGAUAUAAAUAUUUGUAUGUAUGAAUAAAAUAAUCAUACUCAUAG